AUGAAGUUCCUCGUUGCUGCUACUUGCCUUUUGGCUGCCAUGACGGUUGUUCGUGGUAUGGAUCAAGACGCCAUCAUGGCGAAGUACAUGGAGUAUUUGAUGCCCGAUGUGCAACCAUGUGCCCAAGAGUUCCAUCUUACUGAAGAUGAGGCCAACAACAUACAAGCAGCCUCACAAACAGUGGACUUACAGAAAUUAGGCUGCAUGAAGGCAUGCGUGAUGCGACGAGUAGGAAUGCUGACGGGAAGCAAUGAGUAUCACCUGGAACCCGUGUACAAGAUGAUAGAUGUAAUACACGCCGGUAACGAUGCUGAAAUUCAGUCUGUCAAGAAAAUUGCGGACGACUGCCUUGGUGAUGCUACUGGAGAGUCUGAUGAAUGCAUCGCCGCCAACAAGUACACCGAUUGUUACAUAAAGAAGCUUUUCAAUUAA